AAUUGUCUACUAGGGGCAUGUCUUUAUCUAUUUGGCCCGCAUCUCUUGAACUUCCUUUCAUACUUUUUGACAGAUAGAAAGAUAAGCUUUCAACUCAAUUCAAGAAAAAUGUUUGCUUUUCAAUCGUAACAACAUAUUUGUUGAAAUUUUGGAAUUCUAUUUCUACACAUAAGCAAUGGAAUUUCCUUUUGGGAAUGCCUAUUCUAUGAACAAAGGGACUUUCUCUUUUUCCCUUCAUGGGUGUAUGCUCUUCCUGCAUGGAUCUUAAAAAUCCCCAUGACUUUUGCGCAAGUGGGAAUCUGGGUAUUCCUCACCUACUAUGUUAUUGGCUUUGAUCCAUAUGUUGGAAGAUUCUUCAGGCAAUUUCUCCUCCUGUUAUUUGUUAACCAGAUGGCUUCUGCCUUAUUCCGGUUUAUUGGAGCACUUGGUAGGGAACUGACGGUUGCUUUCACAAUUGGGUCGUUUGUAUUGGCCAUCCUUAUUGCUAUGAGUGGUUUCAUCCUGUCAAAAGACAAUAUGAAAAAAUGGUGGUUAUGGGGCUUUUGGUCAUCACCUAUGAUGUAUGGACAGAAUGCCAUAAUAAAUAAUGAGUUUCUGGGGAAGAGAUGGAGACAUGUUCUACCCAACUCAACUACACCGCUAGGAGUUGCAGUUCUUAAAUCUCGCGGAUUCUUUACUCAGUCAAAGUGGUAUUGGAUUGGUGUUGGGGCACUGAUUGGAUAUACGAUAGUGUUCAAUAUUGCUUUCAUCCUUGCUCUCACUUACUUGAACCCAAUUGUGCAGCAUCAAGCUGUUAAAUCAGAGCAAUCUCAAACCAAUGAGCAGGAUGGUGGAAGCACUUCUGCAAGGUCUUCAUCUAGAAGGAAAGAAUCCGACAGAAGAAGAGGAAUGGUUCUUCCCUUUGAACCACAUUCCGUCACCUUUGAUGAUGUAACAUAUUCUGUUGACAUGCCACAGGAAAUGAAGAAUCAGGGAGUUGUUGAGGAUAGGUUGGUCCUUUUGAAGGGUGUCAGUGGCUCUUUCAGGCCAGGCGUUCUCACAGCACUAAUGGGUUCCACUGGUGCUGGCAAAACAACUCUGAUGGAUGUACUAGCUGGAAGAAAGACUGGGGGAUAUACUGGUGGGAACAUCACAAUUUCUGGCUAUCCCAAGAAUCAAGAAACCUUUGCAAGAAUUUCUGGAUACUGUGAACAAAAUGAUAUCCAUUCUCCUCAUGUUACUGUAUAUGAAUCCUUGCUCUAUUCAGCAUGGCUUCGAUUAUCAGCAGAAAUCAAUUCUGAAACCAGGAAGAUGUUCAUUGAGGACGUUAUUGAACUUGUGGAGCUGAAUCCUAUAAGGAAUGCAAUUGUUGGAUUGCCAGGUGUUGAUGGUCUUUCGACAGAGCAGCGCAAAAGGUUGACUAUUGCUGUUGAGCUAGUGGCUAAUCCUUCUAUCAUAUUCAUGGAUGAGCCAACUUCUGGGCUAGAUGCAAGAGCUGCUGCUAUUGUUAUGAGAGCUGUUAGGAACAUAGUGGACACUGGAAGAACAAUUGUCUGUACCAUUCAUCAGCCCAGCAUUGAUAUAUUUGAAUCUUUUGAUGAGCUCUUUCUAAUGAAGCGAGGAGGGCAAGAGAUAUAUGUGGGGCCACUUGGUAAUCAUUCUUCUCAUUUAAUCAGUUACUUUGAGGAAAUUAAGGGUGUCCAUACCAUUGAGGAUGGCUACAACCCAGCAACAUGGAUGUUGGAAGUCACAAAUUCAGCAAAAGAAAUGGAAAUGGGGAUUGAUUUUGCCGAGGUGUACAAAAAUUCAGAGUUAUACAGGAGAAACAAGGAACUUAUUAAAGAAUUGAGUACUUCAGCCCCUGGUUCUAAGGACCUUUAUUUUCCUUCAAAGUAUUCUAGGUCCUUUAUUACACAAUGCAUGGCUUGCUUAUGGAAACAACAUUGGUCUUACUGGCGCAAUAAUCAAUACACCGCCCUAAGAUUUCUCUACACAAUCGCUGUGGCCUUGUUGUUUGGGAGCAUAUACUGGGACCUGGGCUCCAAAAUCAAAAAGCAACAAGAUCUUUUCAAUUCCAUGGGCUCCAUGUAUGCUGCUGUUCUCCUUCUUGGUAUCAAGAAUGCUAAUUCAGCACAACCGUUGGUGGCUGUUGAAAGAACAGUGUUUUAUAGGGAAAAAGCUGCUGGAAUGUAUUCAGCUUUGGCGUAUGCUUUUGCUCAGGUUGUAGUUGAACUACCACAUGUUCUCUUACAAACUGUGGUAUAUAGCAUUAUAGUGUACGCAAUGAUUGGUUUUGAGUGGACUGUCACUAAAUUUUUCUGGUACCUUUUCUUUAUGUACUUAACAUUCCUCUACUUUACAUAUUAUGGCAUGAUGUCAGCUGCCAUCACCCCAAACCCAUCCAUGGCGGUUAUACUUUCUGCUGGAUUUUAUGAAGUAUGGAAUCUCUUCUCAGGAUUCAUAAUCCCACGACCAAAGAUACCUGUCUGGUGGAGAUGGUACUAUUGGGCAAAUCCAGUAGCUUGGACUUUGUAUGGGUUGGUGACAUCUCAAUUUGGAGAUAUACAAGGCCAUAUUGAGUUUAAUGGUAAAAGAACAACAGUGGAAGACUUUUUAAGAAAUUACUUUGGUUUUAAGCAUGAUUUUUUGGGAGUGGUUGCAGCUGUUCUUAUAGGAAUUGCAGUUACUUUUGCAUUUAUCUUUGCCAUUGCCAUAAAGAUGCUUAAUUUCCAAAGACGUUGAGAAUGACAUUCAACUUUUGAUUAGGAUGUUCUUCGUUGGUAAUAAUUUGUACAGGAAAAAAGACAACAUUUCUAUCUGUAUUAUCUUAUUUUCGAAUUAAAAGUGUGUUUGAGUUCAGUUACAAUAUAUUUUUUUUUUUAUUUUAUCUUUAUUAUUUUCCUAAAUAAUUUAUUCAAAACAACUUUUUUCAAGAAAAUAGAUGCUAUUAGAAAAGAAUUGUUAAGUAAUUUCGUCAAAACUACUUAAUUUUGCAUA